AUGUUACCAAUAGAUUUAAAACUUCGUAUUAUUACAACUAUUGAAGGAUUUAUUGGAACUAUAUUAAAUUUAUUAACAUUAUUUAUUGUAUUUAAAACACAGUUUGGUUCAAAAUCUACAACAUUAAUGUUAAGAUUACAAACAAUAUUUGAUUGUAUAGCAUGUUUAUUAUAUUCAAUUUACUUAGUAACAGAAAAUAAAAAUUUAUUAGAUAAUAAAAAUCCAACUAAUAUAUUAUUUAUUAAUGAAUUAUUAUGUUAUUUAUGGUCAUAUAAUAUUGCAUUCUGGUCUGGUGUUAUAUUAAGUGUUCAUAAUAUUGUAUGUAUAUCAAUUGAUCGAUUUAUAGCAGUUCUAUAUCCAAUCAUUUAUAAAACACAUCAAUUAUUAUUAAUUAUAAUAUUUCUCAUUUAUCAAUUAUGUAUGAUUGGAUUAUUAUUUAUACCAAUAAUAUUUUUUAGACAUUAUGAUAAUGAUAAAUGUAAUUAUGUACCUGGACCAAAUGGAAUUGAUUCAUUAACAUAUAUUGCUUUUCGUGGUUAUACAUGGUUAUUAUUUCAAUAUAUCAUUCCAGUAUUUAUAAUUACAAUAAGUCAUUUAUUAAUUAUAAUCAAAUUAAAAAAAAGACAAUAUCAAUCUAAAAUUCUUAAAUCAAUUGAAGUUUCAGCUAGUAAUACAUUACGUAAUAAAGGAUAUGAAUUGAAUAAAGAAAAAAAGUUGAUUAAAUUAGUUCUUAUAACAGCAAUUAUGUCUGGUCAACAAGCUACAUUACAUUUAUAUGAAUCGAUACGUUAUUUUUUGACAAUGUUAAAUAUUGUAAUUUAUAGUUAUGGUACUAUUGGACAACAAAUGGGUCCAUUUUUAAUCAUAUUAAGUAGUUGUAUUAAUCCAUGUAUUAUUAUUGGAACAACAGUAUCAGUACGUAGACGAUUUUCAUAUUAUCUACAUGAGAUUUGGAUAAAAAUGAAACGGGGUUAAUAUAUUUAAUAUACCUUUCAUAACAUUUACAUUAUUUUAGACAAUGUGAUUCAAAAGGAAAGAAAUCCAAGUGUUCAAUGGUUAUAUCAACUAAGUGAUUCAAUUCAAGCACAACAUUAUUUGGAUGUUAAUCUAGAUGUGAAAAAUAAUGCUAUUUAUUUAUCUACUUUAUUCUUGGAAUUCAAUAUUCAAGUUGUUUUUAAACAUUUGUAACCUACUCAGAAAAAAAUUUUUUGAAUCAAAUUUCUAUUAGACCACCUAAUCAUCUUUUUUAAUUUACUGAGCUGGUGUAAAUUAGUUACUAUAUAAAGUUAAUAAUUGUAAUACUUCAUGUAGUUUAAAUGUACCAGUCUACUGAUAUAUUACAUUUAUGGAAUAGAUUGAGUCACGAGUAAGUGGUCAAUUAUAGUAAAGUGAUAAGUUCUUAUCAGUCAAGUAAACUUCUACAAGCA